GAGUGAGAUAUCCUCAUUUAUAAACGAUCUUUAGCGUGACGCAAAUUAUUGCGCGAAACUCAACAUCAGGGCAGCUAACGUGAGAACGGACAGGUUGAAAUGAGUAAAAAAGAUAACGGGGCGGCAGUCAUCCUUGCCUACCUAAACGAGAAGAACCGACCCUACAGCGCUCAGGACGUCUUCUGUAAUCUGCAGAAGCAGCAUGGAUUGGGCAAAACGGCGGUGGUCAAAGCCAUGGAGCUGCUUGCUCAGGAGGGCAAAAUAAAGGAGAAAAUAUAUGGCAAGCAGAAGAUCUACUUUGCUGAUCAGAAUCAGUUUAAAGAUGUAAAGGAUGAUGACCUGAAAGCGAUGGAUGGUCAGAUCUCAGAGCUUGGUGCAGAGCUGCAGUCCCUCACACAGAGCUGCAGACAGCUAGACGCAGAGCUGAAGGGCCUGAACAGUUCGCUCACUACAGAAGAGAUGGUGGCAGAGAUUAAAGAGCUGAAAGCGGAGUGCUCUGGACACAGAGCACGCGUGGAGAAGAUCAAGUCAGCUACGAACCAUGUCACACCAGAGGAGAAGGAGAAGGUUUACAAAGAGCAAGAGGUUUAUGUGAAGGAGUGGAAAAAGAGGAAGAGAUUGGCUUCAGAGAUGAUGAACGCCAUCCUGGAGGGAUAUCCAAAGAGCAAAAAGGAGUUCCUGGAAGAGGUUGGCGUGGAGACGGACGAGGACUGUAAGGUGGUGGUUCCAAGUUCUUGAACAAGGAAGUGGACCGCACAUCGGAGCUUUUUGAGCCACUUUAUUUAACAUUUCUUUUGAAUAAAUAAUAAAAGGAAAAAAAAUCAAACACAUUUGUACAAAAGUUAGCAUUCUUAUUGGCUAGACUACAUGUAGCUACUGCAUCGAGGGCUGAUUGUGACCCUAAAGGCAACUGUGGUGUUUUCUCCCCUUUAAAGCAUCUUCAUUAUCCUGAGCUUACAUAGAAAGUCAGCAAAUGAUUCAAACCUCUAACAGGCUUCAGAUAGUUUGCUGCAUACAUUAUUAUAUAGAGUGAACUGUUCAGCUGUUUCUAAAUCAACAUUUUCACAGUUGUUAAUACUGCCAAAACUGCUUUGGGCUCAUUCGCUGGUCACCACUACAAAACUACGAUCCUGCCCUUUUCUGCUGUUGGUUUUGCACUUUAUGUUCUCGUAUGCAAAUAAAAUAUUAAGUCCAUAAAUUGAA